CCAGAUCCUAUUACAAUUGAAGGGGGUAAAAUCCAAGGGUUUGCAGAAACUUUAAAAAACAACCAUGUUGUUCACAAGUACCUUGGCAUUCGUUACGCUCGUGCAGAACGUUUUGAGAGACCUCGCCCUGUAAGAGAAUCAUGGAAAGGUGUUAAGGAGAUGAAAACGUUUGGGAAAGUUUGUUGGCAGGAUAUCAGUUAUACACCGCUUAAUCCUUUCAAUCCAUCAAUYAAAGAUAUGGAUGAAGAUUGUUUAAACCUCAACGUGUAUGUUCCUGCCGCCCCAUGUGACAGCAAAAGAGCUGUGAUGGUUUGGAUUCAUGGGGGUACAUUUACAACUGGCUCAAACAGAAUAGCUGAUGGCAGUUAUUUGGCAACAUUAGGAGAUGUUAUUGUUGUUGCAAUCAAUUACCGCCUAGGUUUAUUGGGCUUUCUUCAUCACAGACCAUWUAAUUUAACAGGCAACUAUGGCCUUUUUGACCAGCUGGAAGCCUUAAAGUGGGUGAAUCGAAACAUUGCAGCAUUCGGAGGUGAUCCAAAUCGGGUGACCAUAUUUGGUAACUCUGCUGGGGGUGUUAGUGUGUCUUUUCUCUGUUUGUCACCAUUGGCUCGUAACCUUUUUAAAUACGCGAUCAUACAGUCCGGGGUAGCAAAUAUGCCAUCGAUCUAUGAAUUCUAUGAUGACGAUACAAAAACGUUCAAGGGAUAUCACAACAACACCAGUUUUAAGUGUAACGAUAGUGUUACUUUGAUUGAUUGUCUACAUUCCGUCAAAGCUAGUGUUUUGUACAGUGUACGGCCGUUAAUUGUGUGGUAUCCUGUUGUAUAUGAAGACUUCAUCCCAGAGGCUCCAGAUACCUUGCUUGACAAACGAAACUUCACAAACCCUGAAAGUACUAUGAUAGGCGUGGCCAGCGAUGAUGGAUCAUGUUAUACUAAUUCCAUACCGGGCGUAAAUGAAGCGAGGAACUUUCGCUCUGCUAUCAACUCGUUCUAG